AUGGUUGAUGUUGGUCUGAUCUCCACAUUUGUUGAAAGAUGGCACAGGGAGACCAACUCAUUUCAUUUGCCAUUUGGAGAGAUGACUAUUACUUUAGACGACGUCGCGACUCUCCUUCACAUAUCACCCCAUGGUAAAUUUUUUGAUGCACAUGUGAAUAUGAACACUAAUAAUGCUGCGAGAGCUACACAUGAGUACUUAGGUGCAACUUGGGAGGAAUCUCUAGCUGAGAUUAAUUUUAAUAAAUUUGGCAACACAAUUUUCGCCGAUAAAACACAUACGCGUGUGGAGGCGAAAUACAUCAGUUUAUUUAUUGAUUUAGAUCGUUGUCGAUACUAUUCGUGGGCUGCCGCGGCAUUGGUUUUCCUUUAUGACAACAUGGGAGAUGGGGUUGUCCACGACACUCGACAGUUGGGAGGUUACAAGAUCCUUUUACAGUGCUGGAUUUACGAACACUUCCCUAGGAUCUGUAAGCGGCGCGAUAGAGGUGCGGUUCCUGCACAUCUUCCAAGAGCAUGUAGGUGGAUUGCAAAACAUGUUGUUGAAAGUGGAUUAGUGACCUAUCGGCAGAGACUUGAUGCUUUGUUGCUUGAGGAUGUAGUGUUUACACCAUAUGAUGAUGAUCGAGCUAAUCAUCCGUUUGAAGAUAUUUCAAUGUUCUCUGGUUAUCUUCGAUGUGGUGGAGUCUCAGUCCCAUAUUUGCCGGAGCGAUGUCUUCGACAAUUUGGUCGUAUUCAGUGCAUCCCGCCUGAUGUUCCUCCCAGGCCCCCUAGUGUAGAUUGGGUGUGGCAGACUACUAUGCAGUCAUCUGUAUCGGUGUUUCGAAGGCUAUAUCAUGUUGCGAGUUUUCCUGGAGAGGUCACUGAGGACUAUUAUCCAUGGUACAUAUCAUCAUCUGACCAUCCAUCAUCUGCUGCACAUGUGGGUACAUCAUCUGCUGCACAUGCUGGUCCAUCAUCUUCUGACCGAGAUUGUAGAACAAUUGAGCUUGUACGUAGAGCCAUUAAUUUGGUAGAGCCGUUUAGUGAAAUUCAUGAGAUUUUAAGUGAGUUAAGUCUUAUGUACGAUGUUUAG